CGAUUCGGAUUUAGUACUACUUAUUCGGAUUGAGAUCGGUUCAAUUCUUCGAAUUCGAGUUUUUUGCCCAACCCUAUAUAGUGACAUAAAAAUCAAAUAACAUCUAUUUUUUUAAAAAAUAUACCCGCACGGGCGUGCGGGUCAAAAUCUAGUUAUUAUUAUUAUUUCUGCUUUUUGUUUCAUACAUGGAUUUUUUAGAUUCUGGUAAUAUAAGCUUUAUGAGUUCGUCUCUUUACAUGUCUUAAACUGUGGUAGAAGAAAGAAAGAACAAUUAUACUGAAACAAGACGAACUAAGUGACCUUCGUAUCAAAACCAUUUUAGCAUGAAUGAAUUCCCACUAUAGUAAACAGUUAAUGUUAUAUACAUAUUUCAUGGAAAGUAGGAGGUUGGAUAACCGAGAUGUGAGUAGAGGGUUUAUGAAAAAAAAACAAAAGACAAAAGGUGCGACUAUAAGCUAUUAGCUAGGUAAUACUUAAUUAACAUACUUGAGCACACUUGAGUAAGCAUAAAAUCAAACGUAUGAUAAAGCUUUUCUCUUCUAGGUUGAGGACAAUACACGUAAAAUAUAAAAACAAGAAGCAUUUGUAAUCGAUGGAUGAUGUACAAUGAUCAUGCAAGCCUAUUUCGAAAAAAACUUUAGUUACAUAUCAUGUAUUAGCUUGUGGAAUCCAAAGAAAACUAUAAUAUAGAUUUUUAACCACAAUACAAUAUUUGUUAUACUUUGUUAAUAAUUAUUUUGAUCACCAAUCCAUUCUAAGAAAAUAACAGUAUUAUGUAAAUACGAUUAUGAACAUUAUUCAAACAAAUUGUAUAUAGAUAAAAAAUACAUCAACGGAGAUGGAUGAUGAAGAGGAAGAAAAAAAUAAAAGAUAAAUAUUAUAAUAUCCUUAAACAUUAUAAAUUUAACGGUUUUAAAGCCAAAAUAAAAUUUAAAUGGAUUGUGCAUAAAAUUUAUUUUAAUUAAAAUUAAAUAAAUACGAUAAAAGUAUUCAGAUUAAACUAAGCUUAUAUCAUUUUAUAUUUUUUUCAUCACGUGAUAUAUAAUUUACAUUAAUAAAAAUAACUUAUUUUGAGUAGUAAAAGAUUCAAAUCUAAUAGACCAAAAAUAUUUAAUUUCUUAAAAAAUUUUUUUUUUAAAAACAAAAUUGUCUAAUGAUUUAUAUUUUAAUAGAAAGUGUUAAUAUAUACAUAAUAUUAAAAUAAAUUAAAAUGAUAGAAUUAAAAAUAAAUAUUAUGGAAAUACCCCAGCCGUAGCAAGACGAUCUCUGAUCUGAUUUUUUUUUAAAUAUUGACUAAACCACUUUCAUCACAGGAACAACAGCCAAUCUGAAAUUCAACCCUUCUGAGCUUAUACGAAGCCAUUGUUUUCAGAAAUACAAAUAAUAAUAGUUUGAAACUCUUGACUCCGUUUUUAUUUUAAAUUUCCGUCGACAUAUGACUCUAACUUAUUUACAGUUCUACAUUUCCCAUUCUGAUGAAAAACAUCCUAUUAAAACUGACCCUAUAAGUUAAAUAAAUGGCUUCAAAUACAGAGUCCCUAAUAUGUAUUUACUACCUUAUUUACACAGCAAAUAAAAUAAUUAUAUUUCAAAUAAGUCGACACAACUGGUGCAUAACAUAACCUCAUAAAAUAUAAUCCAUACAACAAAAACUAAUCAAGCAUACUUAUAACUAAAAAAAUAAUAGUAAUAUUAAAAAAUAGAUUGCAUAUUUUUUAUAAAUAUUUAUUGUUAAGAAUAAAUAGUCAUUCAUAUAUUUCGAUGGGAAACAAUAUAUAUAUAUAUAUAUAUAUAAUUUUUAAAAGGGUGUUUGUUUUACUAAUUAACAAUUCAUAUUAAAAAUACAAUGCAGCUAUUUAGAUCAAAUUUUGAAUAGUUAUUUAGUUUAAUAUAAUAAUAUUUUAUUGUUAACUAUUUUCCAUACUCUUUUGUAUUCUUUUGUAUUAUGUUAUAAAUAUCUAAACAUCAAUCACAAAAUUUCGGUGAGAAUUUAACAGCUUAUUAAUUUAUAGUCAUUUUUUCAAGUUCAACACAUAAUAUACUGAGUACGAAAAAAAACAUAAAAAUCACUAAGAUUUGAUCAUUAUAUUUUAUUUAUUUCAGCCAAAUGCUCUAUUGGGUUUAAAAUAUAAUUUUAUAUAUAUUAUUUAUUUUAGCUUAUGUUUUACUCUUAAUUGGGUACUUAUGCUGUGGUUAUGGAAGUUGUUAUUAUAUAAUAACUUAUGAGUUGCAUCUAAUAUCCAAAAAUAUUGUUAAUUAUUGAUUCAGAUGUAUAUAUUAGCACACUCACACCUAAAAAGAAAAUGAACUCUGCACUGUAUGCAUUAACAAUAUUGUAAGUAAAGAGAAUUCAACGAAUUGCCGUGCAACCAUAUCUUUCACCACCAGUGCAUCGUUGACUGGUUUAUAUCAAAUUUAAGCUGCCCAACAUGUCAAGAUACGAUACUUUAAUAUUAGUAUUUCCGGUUUACACAACUCAUAAUUAACCGACCUAAUAAUAAAUUUUACUCAUAAAUGCUUACUUAAUCUAUAAUUAUAAGUUUGUCUAUUUCCUUGCUAUUAAUACUCUUUAGAUUCAUCCAACUCCAGAAAAUUUCUAAAAAUAAUGUGAUGGCACCAUGAAAAAAAUACUUAUCAAUACGCCAUGGUAUAUUUAGUCAUCAAAUACAAUAACAUAUAUAGAAUUUAACUAAUAUGUAUAUUUUAAAAUAUAACAAUUUAUAUUGAAUAUUUACUCUAACUAUUUACAUAAUUUUUAAAAUAGCGCCCCGCCCGUAGGCGAUCCUAGUUCUUAUAUAGUUUGAAUAUUUUUUAUUUUGUUGUGAAUCUUAAUUCAAAAGCCCGUCUUAAAGCAUUGAGGACUGUUGGUGUGUAGUCUACAAAGUGAACACGUAAAUUAUAUAGAGGAAAACAAAUUUAAAUUUUGACCAUUUUAGGGUAAAACUAAUGUAUAGAGCCGAAUCGCAUGGGUCAUAGACGUGUUGUCUUUUGUAUAGCAACUGGGAUCCACUCUUGUUUUAACGUUAUAAGAACAAGGAAGUCCAUUGACUAAUAAUUACUUAUUAGGCAGAUUUCAAGGAAAAAAAUAAUACAUUUUGUCAAUCUAAGCGACUUUUGGCGGUCUAUAAACUAGUAUUAUUGAAACUUAAAAAACGUGAGCGAACCAUGUCUCGACAAAAAAAGCCAAAUUAUAUACAAAAUCAUAGAUUUCAGGCUUUUGUAACUUGGAUUUCAGUUUGUUGACAGAAUUUGGUUGUGCUAAUCUUCUAUUUAUACGGUCUAAAUGAAAUAGUUCAACUUGACAAUAGACAAAAUAGGACGUUAGGUUAACAUGUCUAUGCGUGAGACAGAGAAAAAACAGAUAGACAUAGAUAGAUGAUAGAUACAUGCGCAAGAUAAUGUUUAAUAUGAUUUUGAAAACAUCAAUCAUCAAGCUAGAGAAACAUAUUUAAAAUUUCUUAUAGGUUCUGGUAUUGUCAAAUUUUCAAAAUAAAUCUCAAGGCUAGUUUACUCGUUGUAAUAUCAUUAUCUAAAUAGCCACCUCCCAUUGUCUUCGUAUUACCUUCAACCACGUAAAUCUAUAUUAGUUUGAAGACAUUUAUAUUAGCUUUAUAAAUAUAUAAAGCUGAUGUAGUUUAUUUACAUUAGGACGUAACAGGAAGUCCUUUAUAGAAAUGAUAAAAAAAUGUGAUUGAUAAUGCGAUUGUACUCCAACAAUCUGUCAGUGUCUAUUGCUUGUGGGAGCAUGUCCCUUGGGGUGACUCGGAUACGCAUUUAAUUUUUCUUUUAUUAUUAUUGAUCUGGCUAGUGGCUACCAUUCAGUUGAAUUUCGAGUAAAUUAUGUUUUCAAUGAACUAAAGAAUCUCUUUAUGCAAACUGAUGCACGUGAAAACUAGGCUGGUUGUUGAGUUUCUUGUGUUUGAUUGUCCAUUUUUAUUACUCCUCUUUCAUUAUAAAUGUCGUUUUGACAUUUUUUUAUGGAGAUUAAGAAAUAUAUAUAAUAGACUAAUAUAUUCUUAUUUAAUGUAUGAUUAAUUAAAUGAUAAUAAUUUAAAUAAAUAUUUAUUGGUUAUUCAGUAAAAAAAAAUAGAUUUAAUGUACAAAAUUACAUUAAAAAUGUAGAAUGACACUUAUUUUGAAAGAAAAUAAAAAACCUAAAGUGACACUUAAUAUGAAACAGAAUGAGUAAUAUAAUUUUAAGAUACCGUGGAAAUGAGUGAUGAACACUAAUUUCAAAUUCGAAAUUAAAUAGUAAUACUUUUUAUGAAAUGUCAUACUCCUUCCGAUUAAAAAAAAAACAUAUUUUAGCAAGAAAAAAUUGUUCCAAAAAGAUACAUUUUUUUACAUUUUCAAUGCAUUAAUUAAUUGUAAAUCAUACAUAGAUAAAUAUAAUUGUGUUUAUUAAAACUUUAUUAAUUAAAAAUUAUGAGAAAUAGUUAAUUACAGACAAUAAUGUAUUAGUAACUAAAAUAUAACAUUUUUUAAAAUAAAUGUAAAAAUCUUAAAACAUACAUCUUCUUGAAACAGAGUGAGUAGUAUUUUAAAGAGUAGAUUCUCUCAUAGUAUAAACUUUUUUUUAUCAUAACUUAUAAAUAAGUGUAUCUAUUUGAAGUUAGUUUGUUAAUAUAUCUUUACAAGUUUCAAAAAUACACAUAUUAUUCAUUUAUAACUUGCAAAAAUGGUUUUCAUGUAAACAUGAUAUACUCGAUAGCUAGCUAGUAAUACUCAGCAUUUGUUGUACUUCUGUCAUGUUAACCGAAUAUAUAUAGAUCUAUGUUUGAUAAAAAUACUGUUAUAAAUCUUAUUUAUGUCAGGGUCUAUGUCUUACCAAAUAUAGAUAAAUUUAAUUUUACAAUAACUUCUUUUUGAAGCCGUCAAUUUUCAAAUGCUUAGGCAUAUAAUUUAACAAAUGCUGCGGCAAAUCCAUCCACAGUGUAGAGAUAUAGUCAACACUCAACAACCCUAUUUAUAUAAUAUAGAUAGAUACAAAGGGUCAUUUGCAAGUACCCUUUUACUUCGUAUCCAAAAAGAGUAUUGGAUCAUUUCCCCCUCAAAACAAAAUAAUUGUAGGAAAAAAAAAGAGUUAGGGUUCUUUUACUUCUGGAGAUUAGUUUACAAAGAUGAAGAAGAGGCAAGUGGUGAUAAAACAGAGAAAAAUCUCUUACACUACGACUACUUCUUCGAGCAACGUCCGUUACGUUGAGUGCCAGAAGAAUCACGCCGCUAAUAUAGGCGGCUACGCCGUUGACGGUUGCCGUGAGUUUAUGGCAAGAGGUGGCGAAGGAACCGACGAUGCUUUGACGUGCGCUGCUUGUGGAUGUCACCGGAAUUUUCAUCGGAGGGAAGUUGAAACGGAGGUUGUUUGCGAGUAUUCUCCUCCUAAUUGAAUCAUUAACGAAGAUGGGUACAUGGAAGAAAACCCAAGAAAGGUAUUGGUGAUUUAUAUUAAAAGAAAAAAAGAUUCUACUUCUAUUGAAUUAUAAUAUUAGAGAUGUAUUUAUCUAUGUAUAUGGUUAUUGAUGUAUAUUCAAAUACUUACAGUAACGCCAAUCUAUAUGAUUAAUGAUUCUUCAAUCUUGAUGUGAUGGAGUACUAUAUACUUCAGCUUCAACUAUAUAUGAUUUGAUCCAUUUAAGAUUACACACAAUUCUUUUUUUUUUGUUCUUUCGGAUCUUGAUUUUCUUUUUUACCAUUUUAAGACUCUUAAGAAGCCUAUUUAGGUACAAUGAGCCGUAUAUAAUUUUGUGUUUGAUUCUGAAGAGGUACGUAAACUAUACCUUUCCCUAAACGCAAGAGUUUCUUUAGUCGUACACUAAUCUUGAUUGAGCUAUUCACAGAUAGAUAUUGUAGUCUAUAUUUGUAUGCUAAUAUGUUGUAAGCGGAUUUGAAGGAGAUUAAUCCUUACAAGUAGACCUGUGCAGGGAGCGGAUACCGAUAAAUUCGCAGUAUCCUUGAUCCGCUCCGUCCAAAACGAAGAUCUACUUUUGUGAUUCGCUUCGAUCCAAAAAAUUCUGGAUAUCCGAAUUAUUUAAAUAUUUGCGAAUUAUUUGAUUCAAUUCGCAAUAAAAAACAAUAUAUAAUAUUAAAAUUAAAUAAAAACUUUUAACAUAUCAAUUUAAAAUUAAAAUACAAUAUCAUACUAACAGAUUGACAUUUUUAACAGAAAUUAUAAAAAAAAAAUAUUAACAAACUUAAUAAGAAAAUUCACAUGUUAACCUUUGAUUCAACAUAAGAAUUAAAUUGGAUAUGUAAUAACCCAAAACAAUAACUUAAAAUA